AUGCCGCCCCGCAAUGUGUACUCCGCGGACUCUGCCGAGCAUCAAAGCCCGUUUGGUCGGUCUUUCACCUCCAGUUCCCCAAUCGCGGAAGCUGCCAUUUCUCGCGACUUAGCCCAUUACACCGAUGAUGAUUCCUUUGCCACCGAUACUUCAGGGUCCUCGACUGUGCGUCCAUCAAGCAGCUAUGCCGGGACAAACCCGCACUCGCUGGCCGGGUCUUAUCGCCGGCCAGGCUAUUUCACCACCGUCAAUCACGCCACCACCGUUCCCGCCCACGGCGACUACCAACCCUUGACCCACAGUGAACGUGAACAAGCGAUCCAAGAAGAACACGCUUUGUUAGGCGACAAUAAUGUCAUUCCGAUCGCGCAGAGACCUCGACGACUGUCGCAUAAACUGAGCAGUCUAUUCUCUACCUCUCCGGGACAAGUGCACCCAAGUUCAUCAAAGCCGUACGGCUCCGUCCGGACCACAUCAACACAUGGAGGCAGUGGAGCGGCACAGGAUCCUACCGAGGCCACAGCCUUACUGGCCUCCGGUGACAAUGAGAUGGGCCCGGAGGAGAUCGAUCGAAAGUGGGAAGAAGCAGUGAUCGCAGGGUUAAUUAACACCACCUGGAAACGGGAAACGGAAGUCAUCGCUAGAUACUCCCUACCGUUGAUGGUCACAUUCUUGUUGCAGUAUUCCCUGACGGUCGCCAGCAUUUUUACGAUAGGUCAUUUAGGCAAAGAAGAGCUGGGGGCUGUCAGCCUGGCGAGCAUGACCGUUAGUAUCACUGGAAAUGCAGUCUUUUCAGGUCUAGCAACAAGCUUGGAUACUCUCUGUGCCCAGGCGUAUGGGUCAGGCAAGCGGAAGCUGGUGGGUCUACAGAUGUUGCGCAUGGUGUAUUUCUUGUGGAUUGUGACGAUCCCCAUUGCCGUGCUUUGGUACUUCUCUGAGCAUAUCCUCGCCAAGAUCGUCCCCGAGCCAGAAGUGGCAAAGAUGGCCGGUCUGUACUUGAAGGUGGCCCUCCUAGGUACUCCUGGAUAUGCGUGUUUUGAGAGCGGGAAACGAUACCUGCAGGCCCAGGGCGUCUUCUCAGCUUCUCUCUACGUGCUGAUUUUCUGCGCGCCUUUGAAUGCGUUCAUGAAUUGGUUUUUUGUCUGGAAAUUACAAUGGGGAUUUAUCGGUGCGCCCAUUGCAGUUGCUAUCACGGAGACUCUCCUCCCCAUAGGCCUAUUUAUCUACGCUUAUUUCUUUGUUGGCAGCGAGUGUUGGUGCGGCUUCUCCAGGCGAGCUUUCCAAAAUUGGGGCCCCAUGAUCCGCCUUGCACUACCAGGCUUGAUCAUGGUGGAAGCCGAAUGUCUGGCUUUUGAAGUCCUCACAUUGGCAUCAAGCUACCUUGGCACCACCGAGCUGGCUGCACAAUCUAUCCUCUCCACUCUCUCCAGUAUCACAUGGCAGAUCCCCUUCCCCCUCUCCAUUGCGGGUAGCACGCGAAUUGCCAAUCUGAUCGGUGCCACGCUGGUUGGUGCCGCGAAGACCUCGGCCAAGGUGAGCUUCUGCGGAGCCACGAUCGUCGGGCUGUUCAACAUGGUUUUACUUUCCAGUUUACGCUCCUAUAUCCCCAGACUCUUCAGUUCUGACCCAGAGGUCGUCGACUUGGUGGCGCAAGUACUUCCUCUGUGUGCGGCGUUUCAGCUCUUCGAUGCAUUAGCUGCCAACUGUAAUGGCAUCCUUCGUGGUCUGGGCCGCCAGGAGAUCGGUGGUUAUAUCCAGCUUUUCUGUUACUAUGUCAUCGCUAUGCCGAUCAGCAUGGGGACAACCUUCUGGCUGGGCUGGGGGGUCAUGGGUCUCUGGACCGGUGUAGCGUUGGCACUCCUGCUUGUCUCUGCAAUUGAAGCGAUUUUCAUUACUCGGAUAAGUUGGGAGCAUUCGGUCGAAGAGGCUCUGCAGCGGAAUGAGCUAACCUAG